AUGUUCUCCGCAGGACGUUCUCAAUAUGCAACUGAAUUAAAUGAUCCUGGUGAUGCAAAUGUGUGCAUAGCCACUAUGUUUGAGGAUACAGUCUGUAGCCCUGAGGACGGCCAGGCAUUUGAAAAAGUUUGCGGCAAAAUAGAGGUGACAGAGGGUAGCACUACAUAUAGUUUGCCCGACUGUACUAAACAUGGAUAUGGUGUCGAUAUGAGCAGGGAUAUAUGCAAAUUUUAAAAAUUAAAAAAUAAUUAAAGGCCAU